CGGCCAUGCCGCGGCUGCCGCUGGGCGGCCCGGGCGGGGCGGCGGGGAUGUCGCUGCCGCGGCUGGAGAAGCCCAUCAAGCAGGCCUUUUACAACACCGGAGCGCUGCUGUUCGCGGGGCUGUGCUGCGGCGCGGCCGUGCUCGUGUACUUCAUCCUGGAGGCAUUCCUGCGGCCGCUGCUCUGGGCCGUGCUCUGCGGCACUUUCCUGCACCCCUUCAAGACCUCGCUGACKGCGCUGGGGCGGCGCUGGCUCGGCCGCCUGCACCGCUCCCGCACCCCGGUGCUGCUGGCAGCCCUCCUCCUGCCCAUCUGCUUCGCCAACUACAGCGUGGAGGCGCUGGGCGAGCAGGUGCUGCGGCGGCGGCGGCUCCUGCUGCUGCUGGGCGCCGGGGGGCCGCUGCUCUACGGGCUCUACUGCCUGGGCAGCUCCCUGGGMGUGCAGGUGCUGCUGGCACAGGCCGCCCGCAUCAUCUGCCAGGGGCUCGACUACUUCAGCAGCCAGUGGAUAUGGACAUUGGUAGUUGGUUACCUGCUGAUGGUUUCAUUCAAGUGGAAUAUAAGCACUGAACGUUACUUAAAAGCAAUCUCUGUUCCUGUCUGGAUUAUGCUGCUCUUUCACUUAGCUUCUGUGGCAGGUUCCUGGAGAAUUCCUGUUUUUCUGGUUAUAGUUGUUCUGAUGACAGUAGGCAUGUUGCAUGACCAGCAUAAYGGAAAGGAGUCUUCUGGGGCAGAGCUUCCCGGUCAGAUGAUUUCCAUUGCUGCUUCAACAAUUGCCAUGGCAAUUUCAAUGACAGAGGAUGAGUCCAAUAAUGAGCAUUCUUCCCAACCCUCAGGAGCAACAGAAGGUGAUCAGCCUCCACGUCCACGUGCUCCAUCAUCUUCCUCUUCAACAUCUUCUGGGAACAGACAAAGACCUGAGAUUGGCUCUUUUCUUAGGAAAAAGAAAACCAGUGAUAUUUACUUUGUUACUCUUGUGUGGGCCAUUGUCAUUGUUCAGAUCUGGCUGAAUUUUUGGAUUGUGCAGCUAUUGCCAGUGCCUUUUGCAGUUUGGGCACUUAAAAAAAUCGUGGUUCAUUUUGGAGUUUUGAACUUCAUGGCAAACCACUGCAAAAGCUGGUGGCAACUUGUUGAAAGUUUUGUGAAGGAACGUCAGGAAGCUCUUGCUCCACGACCCAUCAGAGGACUCGGAAGUGUUAUGCUAAAGCUUGACAGCAAGCUGUGGCACUGGCUUAAUAAGAAGAUUAUCGUGUGGUUGGAGAAAAUGCUGGAUAAAAUAAUCAGCAUUUUCAUAAUAUUUUUGCUAGUGAUAGGAACCCUUCUCCUAGCCCUGCUCCUUACAGCAAAGGURCAUCAAGAGAGUGUUCACAUGAUUCAAGUCACAAGCAGCUUGAUCAAUGAGACAGUAGCCAGCCACCCAGAAUGGGCAAACUGGCUCCCAGAAGCCCAGGUCAUUCAGAAGGCUCUCAAUUCCGCAGCAAAUAACGUGUACCAGUAUGGCAGAGAGUGGAUCACACACAAGCUCCAUAAGAUUUUAGGAGAAAAGGUAAAUAAUACUGCUGUGAUUGAAAAGCAAGUGCUGGAGCUCUGGGACAGGCUUUACCACUCUUGGUUUGUCAAGAAUGUAACACAUUCUGGAAGACAUAAAGGACACAAGUGGCACAUCAACCGUCAAAACAGCUGGCUUGGAGAUAUCCUGGACUGGCAAGAUGUUGCAUCAUUUGUUCAUGAUAACAUYGAAACAUUUCUCUCGAUCCUGGAGUCUCUGUGGAUAGUWAUGAGUCGCAAUGUGAGCCUCUUAUUUACUACAGUUACAACAUUAGUGACAAUCCUCUUCCACAGUGGGACAGCUCUUCUSAAUUUUGUGCUUUCGGUGGUGAUUUUUCUGACCACGCUGUUCUACCUGUUGAGCUCCAGUGAUGAGUAUUACAAACCAGUAAAAUGGGUGAUAAGCCUGACACCUUUGUCUCAGCCAGGUCCCUCCUCAAAUAUAGUYGGCCAAUCUGUGGAGGAAGCAAUAAGAGGUGUAUUUGAUGCUUCCCUCAAAAUGGCUGGGUUCUAUGGACUCUACACUUGGCUGACUCACACUAUAUUUGGGAUUAAYAUAGUCUUCAUACCAUCUGCAUUAGCAGCAAUCCUUGGAGCAGUGCCAUUUCUGGGGACAUAUUGGGCAGCGGUCCCUGCAGUCCUGGAUUUGUGGCUUGUGCAAGGACAGGGAUGCAAAGCUGUUUUGCUCUUGGUUUUUCACCUCUUGCCAACCUAUUUUGUAGAUACAGCCAUUUAUUCAGAUAUAUCAGGAGGUGGUCACCCUUACCUGACAGGCCUUGCAGUAGCUGGCGGAGCCUAUUACCUGGGGCUGGAAGGGGCCAUCAUAGGACCAAUUCUGCUUUGUAUACUUGUGGUGGCUUCCAACAUAUAUAGUGCCAUGUUGGUGAGUCCAACAAACUCUGUGCCCACUCCAUCACAAGCAACGUGGCCGCUACAGAUUUACCGGUCACCUAGAGAGAGUCCUGAGGAGAUAAAAAUGUCUGCRGAGUGAGGGAGGUGCUGUGCUGCGCCUCUACAACGUGAGGGAAUCGCUGUCUUCUGUCUUGGGUUCACAACAGCCAUGGCCUUCUGUCCCUUCCCAGCUGUGCCUGGGGGCAGCUCACAGGGAAGCAUUGCUUGGGUUUUAGGAGCAAGCACUGGAACAUCUGCUGGCCUUACAUUAUUGUGCACUUUGCCUCUUCGAGAGGGAAUAUCUACUUYCCAUGGCUUUGCAUACCAACACGCAGUCGGCUGCCUUGUUGAAGACUUUGAAGACCUUCUGUCUUAUCAAAAGAAUAGUUAAGAGGACAGGUACAUCCACUGGAGUCAUUAUCUUACCUGCUAAAAUUACUAACUCGGCUUUUAUUUAUUAGUUUUUUGUCCUAUUAAAUUGUAGUAGCUUUAAAGAAAGCUGUAAUUCCAAAAUAUUUAUUUUUUGUUAAUCUGGUGGCAAAAGAAGUACAAACCACUCAUUGUGAAGUGRAAGUAUAAUAUAAUAGUUUGCUGCUCCUCAAGGUAUUUCUUUAUAAGCUUCAGCCAUCAUCUGUAACUCAUAAUUACACUUUAAUAUUGUUCUCAUACAUGCACUGAAAUUAAAUGUUGUUGGAGACUGGUAUUUUUAAUACCUUCCUGAAAUUAAUAGAAAUACAAACUGUUAAAUGUGGUUUUUCCUCUUACUGACAUAGGAGGACUUGUUUAAAUAAUUUAAAGCUUGCUGCAAAUUCUGAGAAUAAUUUGUAGUUUACCUACCCUCCCAGUGGAGUCAUCUGGUCAACUAAUUUAAUCAAAGGCCUUCAGUGUUUUCAGACAGUUGUAAUGUGGGAUGGUCACAUCUCCUUCCAGUAACUGGAAGAAGUUUAAUGGGGAUUGUUUAAUGYUGGUUUUCAAAUGCUGUGUCUGAGYUCAAGUAACUUUUUUAACAARUUUUGUUAGYGGAUAGAAAGGGGAGAGAGCCUGGAUUUUGSUUUAGUUCAGCUUGUGGCUUUUUAACCUUAUAAGCCUCUGGCCAAAUAGCUUACURAGAUAUAUCUUAAUAUAUUAAGGUAUAUCCUAUUAAUAAACAAGGAUCUUAAAUUUCUGAAAUUAUAUAUUGCCUAGGUCACAGCAUCAAAAMCUCUAGUGUUUUUCUUCCAUAGGUAAUUUUGCUUAAAUUUCAGUUUUGGUGACAUUUAAGGCCUUUUGUAUUGAUUGUCAAAACAUUUUGACACAAUGGAUCUAUACAAAUGGAUCCUUUUUGUAAAUGGUAAGUGGAGUUUUUUGGUAAAUAUUUCCUACUUGCACAGGUUUUCCACAAAUCCAGUGAGGCCCUGGGUACAAAGUAGCAGAUGUAUUCUCUUAACCAAAGAACCACCCUUCAGUUUCCAGUAACUUGAAUUGAUUUUAGAGUUUGGUAGAUAAUGAGCUGUACAAAAUGCAGGCAUGCCUUGUAUUUAUUGUUGAUAGUAAUGCAAUGUUUGAAACAAAGGGAUGUUCUCCAGGGAUAAGGAUAUCUAAGAUGUGYGCAAAAUCAGUUUGCAGUACCUAAGAUGUUUGUUUCACUUGAGUUGCAGGAGGGCUGAUUUGGAAGGUUCUUCUUUUCAUGACACUGUAUGUAUUUUUACAUUGUUUCUAAAARUACAUUGCCGUGGAAAGUGAUUGGAAAGUUCUCUCUGAUGCUGAGUAAGGAAGAAACUCCUGCUAUAGAUUUGCAAUAAACAGGCUGCCUAUUAAGACACAAAUAAUCUGCCUCUUGGAUUCUCAAAAUGAGCUGCUGCAGUUUUACUGAUGGAAUGUCAUGUUUUAGGUCAGKGGGGUUGAGUAUGCUGUUUGUGCAMAUUUGUAGGGAUGUGCUUGAGGGACAGACUUGGUCUUCAUUUAGUGUGACUCAGGUUCAUCAAAAUAUGGAAACAUCCCAUUUGAUUUUUCAAAAUCUGAGAGAUCUACACAUCACUUUCAACUAACUGAAUAAGAAUGUGUGGCUUGAAUCAAGUAUCUGUUUUAUCUCCUUGAUUUGUGGCUCACAAAAAAAUCUUAAGUGAAACACAUUUGUAUUACUGUUGCUGGCUAGGGUGGAGGAUGUGGAAAAACCUGAGGCUGUCCUGAAAUAYUCCUGCAACAUUCUAACCAGCUUGMAUGAAACMGCCAUGAUAAUUAGGGAACUUCUUUAUUGUAUUACUUAAUUUGUUCAUGGUUUUGCACUGAAUUGUUGUGUUCUUGUUGUAGCUUGUUGUAGACAGCAUUUAAAGCACCUCUUUGCUCACAGGUCAAGGCGUUUCUUGUCCACAUUUGCUAUCCCAUUUUCUUAGACAAUCUUUCAUGCUCCUGUGAUACUCAACAUAGUCAUUUUAAAGAGUUGCUAUAAAGCAUUUUGUUUGGUUUUAAGUUUUCUUCUUCCCUUUCAACCAAUUGCCUUACAACARAGAAGGGCCUCUGCUAUGAAGACUAAAAUAACAAUUGAGACACAGUUAACUUCAGUAAUGGCAAAUGAGUAAAAUUGCCUAAGAUGCAUUGCUCCUUUGAAAUGCUCCUUUCCCAAUGUGAAAUUGUUUUAUAUAGAAAAUUUGUAUGUGAUGGACUGUUGUUAGUUCUCCUUUGAAAUGAGGCUUCAUUUUGUUUCUGUUCCAAAUCCAGCUCGGACUUGCAAUGAAGAACCAUUCAUAGUACAUCCUUACUCAGUAAAUGUAGCUUCAGGAGCUCAUGCUGUGUGCUGUACCUGAUUGAGGAACCAGCUGUGUAGCUCAGUAAUGGUGCAGUAACACUGUACUGCCAAAAAGAAAGGAAAAACAAGGAACAAAAUGACCAAUAGCAUCUUCUUAGAAUAGGAGCUAUUCACUGAUUUUCACCAUAUUUAGGAAAAAAAACAAAACAAAAUACCGCCUUAUGAAAGGGCAUGCUUUGAUUAUUUGAAUUUUGUGUUUAGUAAGUGUCUGAUUACCAGCAGAAAUAGAAGACCUUGUCAUUGUGUGUUAAGCAAUCUGUGUUAUUUUCUGAACAGACUCAGCCUCUUCAAGAACAGUUCAGUUUAGAUCAGUUUCACAUUAAUGUGAAAAUAAUCAAACUGGUCAUUUUGACUUCUGGUCUUCGUAAAGUGCCAGUUCUUGGUUAUAUUGCCUCAUCUGUGAAAACAACCAGCAGUUUGGUGGGAUAAGUUUUUAGUACAUAGACUGUAGCUUUCAAAAAAACCAACCCAACUCACCCCCACCUCCAAGACCCCACAAMAAACAGCCAAACAGCAAAAAAAGCCCUCCCCUUCUCUGCACUGCCGUUUGCUUAGGAGAGACCAUCUUUUCUGUAAUGCUUGUAGGCAAGAAGUUGAUGGCAUUCAGCUUGACUGUAAACAGUCAUUCCAGGAGCUGGUACUUCCUAAGUGUGUUUAGUACAUUUAGUGUUCAAUAAUUUAGAGUUCAGAAGGGAAUGCUCAUAGUAAUGCARGACAAUGUGGUCUCAUUGUAUAGUGAAAUUCAGCUGUGCUGGUUUUUAUCAUUCUCUUCUGGGAAAUCAGGCUUGUUGCAAUUAAAUAUUGUGCCAAAGGGCUGGUGCUGUUUCUGGCACUCGAGUCUGAGUUAGCCUGUCCUUCCUGUUCCUUGGCUGAACACUGCUGUAGCAGAGCUGGCAGAGGUGACUGUGUGCCUGUUCACAGCCCAGCACAUGAACUUCAGGUCACUCCAAAUACAGGCUUAAUUGGAUCCAUGAAGCAACAAACUGCAGUGGGCAAGAAUCUGGCACUCCUUCAUUUUACUAGCCUUUCUGCAAUAUGGUGGCUUUCAGGACAGAUACAUCAUGACCAGUUGGGAGCAGAAAUGACUUACUUUGAGAGGCUUUUAAAAAAACAGUUUAACAUUAUAAUACAUAUGAUGCACAUUUUUCAGUCAUUGAUACCCAUGUCUCUAACAAUGGAGACAGCAGUCAGAUCUUUCCAUGCAUGGUGCUGCAUGUGUAUGUGCAGCAGAUUAUCUGUGGUACAAAUAGUCUAGUUUAAUUUCAAGGGCUCUGGGGCUUCUCUUAAAGACACAAGGAAGGAGGAUAUAGUGGAUGUGUGUUUUGUCAGUGAUUAUUGGAAUAAAAAAUCCAUAAUCUGUUUAAUUAAAGAAAAAAGCAUUGUUCAGGGAAAAUUGGAUGCUGUCUCCAGUAUUAUCCAUUGUGGGUAUCAGCACAACUUUUGAAAUAGGUAUAUGGCUGCAGUGUUAAACAUUGUUUUUCAGAAAGCCURAAAAGGCAAAGCUGGAUGAAAUUGUUCUCUGGUAAAAGCAGCAGCUGAGUUGCUAUGCUGCUGAUCCCUAGUGCUGGGAAUACUGCAGUUUUACCUUUACUCUGGACCUGAUACACCAAGGAUGGAAAAAUACCAUUAUUCUGCUGAGAUUCCAUAGCUUUGCAUCGUUGGUAGUGGACGUUUCCACAGCUGCCUUUAUUCAAACAUUWUGUUUAUAUUGACUUAAAUCUGCCACUGCAGAUAGUGCCACCUUAAUGGAUGCUACCUUUGGAAAUGGCUGUGAUUUCCUUUGAGGGUACUCAAAGGGGUUGAGAUUGGAAUUAGCCUUCAUUAUCUUUAAUAGCAGAGGUAGCAUUCUUCUAGAGAUGCAGCUGCUUACCUUCAAGUUUGCACUUUUACACAAGAAAAUUGAUUUCCGAGAUAAUCUUUGUUGAGUGACAGCUGACAUCUCUUAAAUCCAUGGAUGCAUCAUCUUUAUAAACUCUCUAUURACUUGUAUUAAAAAAGGGUUUCUUCUUAGUGUUAUUUCCUGUACUUUUUGCUGAAGCAAACUUUGACAAUUUCCUUAUUGUUUAUGUUUCUACAAAACUAAAAUCACUUAAAACUAUUGACAAACCUUAGGGAGACUUGAUCUUUAACCUGGUAUUGUUCAUCUGUCAGUUUUACUAAGGUACCUUAAUGCUUUAUGGUAAAAUUCUCUAAAAUUGCUUUUAAGUGAUAAAGUUGGAAAUGAGAAAAAAAAAACAAUGUGGAAAAUUAAUUUGGUGUUUUGAAAYAAGAAACAAUGCCACAAGUCAUAAGCAUAUUCAGGGAUUCUACAUUGGGUUUGUAAAUGUAUAUAUUGAUAUGCAGUGUUAUAUAAAUAUUAGCAGUCUCUGUCCUAUUCAGACUUUACUGAAAUUUUGUCCUUUUUAAAAAAAAUAGGAUAUCUGAGAAGAAAAUAGUGCCUGUAUAUAAAGAAAACAAGCAACAUUUUCUWCAAUUCAUGUUUACUUGUUACAGAUUGAGGAAGAGCCAAUCAAAUACUGACAGUGUGACUACUACUGUUUUAUUGUAGUUCRUAUAAAGUAGGGAGAAGCUGCUAGUAAUGCAUUACUGAAAGAUUUCUGUUCCUGGAAGUAUUUGCACACAUCCUCCUAAGAGCUGCCAAAAUUAAUAGGUCAUGAAAUACAUCUUCAGUUCCUCAGUCUCUUAACCUUAUCCACACCUCCUCUGGUGUCUUGUUUGAAAUAUGGUUUAGUACAUGUGGGAAUUGCUUCACCCCCUUCUGGGAAUCGAUUCCAGGACUUGAAGGCAUGCUUUCAGUAUCUAUACUGAAAUAGUGCAUCCAAUUCAGGAAGGAUGUGCUAACUGGAAGUAAUCCCUGAUCUGCUCUGCAUCUGGAUGGACUUGGACAACUAGAAUUCAUGUUGCAUUGAAUUGGAAGUUCAUUUGUUAAUGUAAGUACUGUUUGGUGACGCCAAAGCCAGGUUUGAGUGAGAAGCAGGUCAAAUUUGCUUGCAGCAGGGUGCAUCUGCAAACUCAUGAAGCAGAGUGAGUGCUCUAGCAUCUAUAUAUGUAUCUAUAUAUAUAUAUAUGUAUG